CGUUCAUGCGUGGUGAAGUGCAGAAUCGCGGGCCUUGAGACGUGGCUGCUUCUGGAAAACCCUCUUGUGAAAUCCAGCGACCGGAGUUUCUCGAGUCGUCUGCAGCCGGGGCGCCCUAAACAGAAGCGCGUCUGACGCGGGGAGCUGGAUGGCAGGGACAAACCGGAGUCGCCUUCGCAGGAAUCUCAGCCGGUGCCCUGCAUGUAUCUCCAGAGUGUGUUGCGGUCGGUGUUGCGUAUGAGGCCGGGGCUGGCCCCCCUGCGCCCCCCCGUGUGGGCUGCUGCCGCCUCGCUGCUGGUGGGCGCCGCCCUGUUGGUCGUGGCCUGCACGGGCUCCUCGGGGGGGCGGCACAUGGCCCAGACGGCGGUCGCCCAGGCGACGGUGGCGGCGGCGGGCCCCGGGCCCUGGUGUGCCGAGGAGCUGCUGGGGUUCCGGCCGCUGGCCGAGCUGCUGGCGGGGGACGGCGCGGACGUGUGGCUCUGCUCGCUGGCCGGAGCCGUCGCCGUGGGACUCAGCGGCAUCUUCCCGCUCCUCGUCAUCCCCAUCGAGGCUGGAGCUGCGCUCAUGUUCCUGCACCUUCUUCCUGAAGCCUGGACACACACCUGUACUCCAGAGGGCGGUGUGGAGCAGCACUACCGUAGUCAGGGCCUGUGGGUGCUGCUGGGCCUGCUCUCCUUCCUGCUGCUGGAGAAGAUGUUUCCAGACGAGGACUCCCCCAACGACACCGCCACUGCCACGGCCAUCGGGGGCAGUGUAGUGAACAGUAGCACAUCUUGCAGUAAUGGCUUCUGUCAUGACACCAAAACAAGCUCUCUCCUGCAGCCGCCAAUGAAGAUCAAGACUAGUGGCUAUCUGAACCUGCUGGCCAACUGCAUAGACAACUUCACGCACGGCCUGGCAGUGGCUGGGAGCUUCCUGGUCAGCAGAAAGGUUGGGUGUCUCACCACCUUUGCCAUCCUGCUUCAUGAAAUUCCACAUGAGGUGGGGGACUUUGCGAUCCUGCUGAGGGCGGGCUUUGACCGCUGGAGUGCUGCGCGUAUGCAGUUCUACACGGCGCUGGGCGGAGUCCUGGGAGCCUGCUUCGCCCUCUCCGCCCAAUCACAGCGCGGCGCAGAGGGCGCCACUGCCUGGAUCCUGCCCUACACCUCCGGGGGCUUCCUCUACAUCGCCCUGGUGAACGUGGUACCUGACCUCCUGGAGGAGACCAAUCCAAGGGAGUCUCUGCUGCAGAUCCUGUUGUUGUGUUGUGGAAUCGCGGUCAUGGCCAUUCUCUCAGCCGUCGUUGACUGAACACCCCCCCCCCCAAACACACACCUGCCCCCCCCCCCCCCAGCCAGCCUGACUGACCACAGAUGCCUUGUCCUGCUACUGAAGCUUUAAAGACUCCUCCACUGACCUGCAGCACCAUGGCGGACACACCCUCCAGGGUCAGAGUUCAACGGUCAAACUAGCCAAUGAUCAGAAAAGCAAGACAAUCAAAAGCCUUCUCACACACACACACACACACACACACACACACACCCACACACACAUCCCUUCCUCCCGGAGAGACUGCCCAAAGAGAAACUGUUCUGAAACGCUCUGGGACCCUCCCACCCUGAGAGACUACGGGCCAGCCUGAGGAAGCUGUGGGUGACACACACACACACACACAUACACACACACACACACACACACACACACACACACACUCAGUUAUGCCCGCGUUCUUUCUGUUCCUUAAGCAUGUUUUAACCACGCAAGGCUUGUCUCUCGCGCAUCUGCUUGAUACACCCACACACACACACACACACACACUCAUACGCUAAGACAAUCCUUGUGAGCGGUAUGUGCCACCCUCAGUGAUGUCCUGCAGCUGAUUUAGCCUUCACACCGCCCCCACCCCUGGGCACUUCACACCGCCCCUACCCCUGGGCACUUCACACCGCCCCUACCCCUGGGCACUUCACACCGCCCCUACCCCUGGGCACUUCACCACGGGGCAGAGUAGCCCAGUCUGGCCCGUGCCCUGCUUAGGGUUGGCCUGGGCUGGCAUGGGUCAGAUUGGCCUGGGCCUGGCAUGGGUCAGACUGGCCUGGGCCUGGUGUGGUGUUUGAGUUCACCAGAUGCUCUCAGCGUCCGCUGUCCUCUGGUUGGUCCGGUUGGUGCCAGAGCGUGGUGGCUGCAUGGGUUGUGCUGAAGAGGUAGCUAGCGCUGGCUAGCGUAGGCUAGCGUUGGCCCGGUGUGGCGUGGUGCUUUAUGUCUUAUUAUGGUCUGGCCAAUGGGUUUGAAAGACCCAGAGGGGAACAGAAGGACCCUCUGUACACGAUUACUGUUACUCUUACUUACUUUCCUGUUACACACACACACACACACACUACUACUAUUCAACCACUAUUCUUCAGACCUUAGAUUUGACACACACACACACACACACUAGAUGGCACCUACAGGAAGAUCUGACUGAUCUACUCUCUACUCUGCUUCUUCCUGUUGGCAGUUGUAUGGAACACACACACCGUAUCGUUACAUGCCAAUGACCCAAUGACCCAGCCUUGUGUUCAUUAGCUAUCGUUACAUGCCAAUGACCCAGCCUUGUGUCCAUUAGCUAUCGUUACAUGCCAAUGACCCAAUGACCCAGCCUUGUGUCCAUUAGCUAUCGUUACAUGCCAAUGACCCAAUGACCCAGCCUUGUGUCCAUUAGCUAUCGUUACAUGCCAAUGACCCAAUGACCCAGCUCCUGUUACAUGCUAAUGACCCAAUGACCCAGCCUUGUGUCCAUUAGCUACUGUUACAGGCCAAUGACCCAAUGACUGAUUCAGCGCCAGCACUACAUUCAGAUCCACCAGCAUGCACUAGCUGGUUUAAAUGUCAACAUUACAUUUCAAACUCACACCUCAACCAAUCGUUAUCACUUUUGAUGGAUCAUGGAUGAGCCUUUGUCCAAUCAGAGUUUGAGUACUGUCCAAUUUCCAUAGAAUGCCAAAAAUAAACCUGACCCCCACACCAGUGUAUAUAUGAUGGAAAAUAUAUAUAUUUUAUUUAAAAAAAUAAAAAAAGACCAUGUUGGAAAAUGUUUUUCAUGUUCAAGAUGUUUUUGGAAAUAACAUUUCUGUUGUGUUGAAGACCCAGUAUUAUUUGUAAACUAAAU